AUGUUUUCAAUCAGUGACUUGGAAGCUCUGCCUCCUGAGAUUCGGCGCCAUCUUCUCGCCCUGAUGGAAUACGAUGAAAUCAAAGCCCUCGUUCAUACAUCUCCGGUAUAUCACCAGCAAUACUUGCUGGACCGCAGAUGGCUACUUUGCCGAUGUCUGGACAACACACUGCGCAGGGUGAAUAUUGAAGCCAUCCUAGUUUGGCAAUCUGGCUCGGCCAGCUUUGCAGAGACUCGGGAUCGGACUGCAGUCUCUGCUAUUCUGAAAACAUACCAAGAGCGCCGAAAACUACAAUUCACCACUGACGAUGUGACCCUCACACUCAAUGAUAUCGUUGGGAUAAUGGUCUUCCACAACUCGGUCAUCGUACCUGUCGCCAAUCGGUACACUACUUGGGCGCUCGAAAACCUCGCCCAAGAAACCAACGGAUUGACAGCCUUUGACCCGCUCAGCGAAAGCGAAGAGACACGUGUGAUACGUGCGCUGUACCGGUUCCAACUGUGGUGUAAUCUGUGCGGCCUGGGGCCGUAUAGAAAGCUCCAGCCGUUUCGUUCCGAAUACGGAAGUACCGACCUUCUCAAGAUGCUUGGAUCUUGCUUUGAGCCAUGGGAAAUUGAAGAAAUUGUGUGUGUUUAUCAAUUCUCCGAGGCGAAGUACCAGCACGUACUGGACCAGAUUUCCUGGGAUGUGAAUGAGAAGAAUCCCAAAUUUGAAGGCCAAAGGCCGGGGACGCCGGAGGGCUCGUUUAAUCUGGAAGCUGAUGACAGUAUUCUCGUCGGGGCGAUAUCGCAGGGACUCGAGCUCCUACAUGAUGUCCUUUUUCGGAUCACAGAUCAUACUGCUCUAGUAUCAUUCAUGCAGGCCAAUCUGAAACCCUUCCCAGGAUGGUUCCUUGCGGAUGAUGUGCUUGGCGAGGCGGCUCAGACUGAGAGGCGCCAGGUUGAGCCUUCCGAGGAAGAUUUGAAAGAGGCUCGGAGAGAUCCACUGCUAUCCCAACCUGCUGGAGUGCCAGACCCCGACAGUCUUUACCCUCCGUUUGCCUGGUCAUUCAUCUGGGGAGGAACGCACAGCAACAUAACCGGCACAUGGCUCACUAUGUACAUGGGGUCAAAUGGACUUCAACACUGGGGGUAUGUGAUGUGGGAUCAAGAGCGGUUGGAGAAGUUUGGUGCGGUUGAGGUCUUGACGAGGCAAAUGACAGACGCAUGGCGUGGAGAGGAUCCACGGGAUCUCGCAUACUUAUAG